AUGCCUGUCGCACUCAACUGCCUCAGCGAAGAAGGCCGGCGGGCCCUGGAAGAAGGGAGCCCAGAGCCAGUGCUGCACAAAGCCACCGACAUAGAAUUCGUUUACAACAAGCUAAACCUUGGGGAAGGAAAAUUAUACAUAAUGGAAAAAAAGAUCAUUUGGGUCUCCACCCAAAAUGAAGAGGAAAAAAAAAAAAAAAUUACCAAUUUUGCAGAAAUUGCUAAUAGCGCUAAUUAUUUGAAACACUACGAGAAGAACCGUGACUUCUACAUGCAUCUUCUCAAUGACGUGAACAACGUCAUCGUCGAUUCGUCAAACAUCGCCUUGCAUGCAAUCACAUCGGAUAAGAAGAUUUGCGACAACUCAUGUGUGUACAUACAACUAAACUCUGAUAUCAUUGGGGGGGGAGAAGACGACAUGGACAGCAUGGGAAACGAGGAUGCAGCUGUGGCUGAGGAGGGCACAAACCAUGUGGAUAGCGGCGUAGAUGACACUGGUGAUGGCACAGAUCAAUUUCGCUGCGGGGUGGACCAUGCUGAGGGAGAAGAAGCCCCUCAGCCACCUCGAGAAAAACUAGGCAAACGGUUAUUUACAAAAAUGUCAAAGCAUCGGAGUGUCUUUAAAAAGAAUGAGCAGGACCACCUAGGCGGGAAGGAAAAUUCCGAUGAGGAAAAUGCCGACAAUGAACCGAUUGAAGAAAAAAUAACUCCAGAGAUCCUCCUGAUUAGCAAAAAUUAUGUGACCAACGAUGCCAUUUUUCGCCAGCUGAGCAACAUGGACCAUUCGCCGGACGAUGAGGAUGACGAAGGUGAGGAAGAAGCGGCGGAGGAGGAGGAAGAGGAGGACGCUUGA